AUGCCACCAACCACGAGGAAUACUUCGUUGAAGGCGCUGCAAACGAAGUUGAGGGCAUUGGAAGGAAUGUUCAAUGACAUUUGCCGUUUCAUUGAUUUGAUGGGUGAUGACACAGCAACAUCUGAAGCAACAGUUCGUUUGGAGAAAUUAGAUGAACUGUGGGAACAAUUGAACGAAGCUACAAUGGACAUCGAGAUGCACGAGGAGUACCUUGAUGAUGACGAUACUUACUCAACGAAGCGAUCGGAAUACGGCGAUCGUUAUUAUAAAGGGAAAUCGUUGCUGCUCGAGAAGGUCAAAGAGCCGGAGGAAAAGUUGAAUAUGUCAGUUUGCGGUAGGGACCUAAAUCAACAAUCGACCUACGACCACGUCAGGCUCCCACAAAUCAGGUUGCAAACCUUCGAUGGCAACAUUGAUGAGUGGUUGAGCUUCAGAGACCUGUAUAUAUCAUUGAUCCAUUGUAAAACAGAUUUACCUGAAGUCGAAAAGUUUCACUAUCUGAAAGGCUGUUUAGUAGGGGAAGCUAGGUCGUUGAUAGAUUCGCUUGCAAUGACUAGGGCUAAUUACCAAAUUGCAUGGGAUGCGGUGAUGAAGCGGUAUAAUGACAGUAAAAUGUUGAAACGUAGGCAGGUGCAGGCACUUUUCGAUUUACCCAAUGUUGCAAAGGAAUCGGUGGUGGAAUUGCAGUCUUUACUAGAGGCUUUUGAACGUAUCCUCCAAACACUUGAUCAAUUGAUUCAGCCAGCUGAUUAUAAAGAUUUGUUGUUGCUGAAUUUGAUGUGCUCGCGAUUGUAUUCAACAACCCGCAGAAGCUGGGAGGAGUAUUCUGCAUCAAAGGAGCAGGAUACGGUGCAGGAUUUGAUAAAUUUCCUCCAGAAGAGGGUUAGGGUGCUCGGUUCAUUGCCUACCAAAGUCGUGGGGAUUAAACUGGAAUAUGCUUCUUCGUCCAAACCAAAAUCGUCGUUUACAAAAAGGAGCCAUAGUGCCUUGCAAUGCUCCAGUGGACAAUGCGUGGCUUGUCCAGGGAGUCACUUGUUGUACCAAUGCCCGAAAUUUCAAUCCAUGUCAGUGUCAUCAAGAGAUAAACUGCUUCGAACCCUAUCUUUGUGCCGGAAUUGCUUCCGACGUGGUCAUCAGGCAGUUGAGUGUAAUUCACGAUACGUGUGCAGAAAUUGCAAGGGAAAACAUCACACGUUAGUCUGUUUUCGCCCCGAAAGUUCCCAAAAACCCCCACGUAAGCCGGAGAAAAGAGCCUCUCAGCAUGAUGACAGCCAGGGACUGCAUUCAAAUGAGGAAACUAAUACAUCAAGCACGUCGAACACAACUGCAGUUACGUCAAAUAUCGCAUCCAGGUGCACAUCUUCAGUUUUACUUGCUACGGCGGUAGUUUUAGUUGAAGACGAACAUGGAGUUUCGUAUCCUGCGAGAGCGCUCUUGGACUCAGGAUCGGAAUGCAAUUUUAUGACGGAAAGGUUUGCGCAAUUGUUGAGGACCAAGCGAAAUCGGGCAGAGGUUGCAGUAUCAGGUGUCGGGCAGGUGAACAUGAGGGUGAAACAUACUUUGAACGCAGUGAUCCGAUCCAGAGUAGGCGAAUAUUCGUGUAAAAUGGAGUUCCUGCUGCUUCCCAGAGUCACGGGGAAUCUACCGUCAACGAAUAUUAAUACCAUCAAAUGGAAAAUUCCACAGGGUGUGAAUUUGGCAGAUCUGGCAUUCGAUACUUCCACCUCCGUAGAUUUAAUCCUGGGCAUCCAACACUUCUUCGCGUUCUUCAUACCUGGUAGAGAAGUACAGCUAGGAGAAGGACUACCCAAGUUAUCCGAAUCGGUGUUUGGAUGGGUGGUGACCGGUACCGUGGUCUCGGCUGGUGUCUCCUCGUAUCGUUGCAAUGUUGCUUCUACUGUUAAAUUGGAGGAACUGUUGGAAAGAUUUUGGUCGUGUGAAGAAGUUGACACCGCAAACAAUUAUUCUCCCGAAGAGUCACGUUGUGAAGAACAGUUUGUACGUUCCGUUAAAAGAGGUUCUGAUGGAAGAUACAAGGUCUCUCUUCCGAAAAAUGAGGAUGCUUUUGCAAAAAUAGGCGAGUCAAGGGACAUCGCCCUACGGCGUUUCCAAGGAUUGGAGCGCAGACUUUCAAAUGACUCAGAUCUGCGCAACCAAUACAUCCAAUUUAUGGAGGAAUAUCUGCACCUAGGGCACAUGCGCAAGGUGGACGCUUGCAAGGAAAUUUCAAUUAAAAGAUGCUUCCUCCCACAUCAUCCGGUGAUAAAGCAAACAAGUUCAACUACAAAACUUAGGGUGGUAUUCGAUGCGUCCUGUAAAACUUCCAGUGGAAUAGCUCUGAACGACGCACUUUUGACAGGACCGGUGAUACAGGAAGAUCUUCGGUCAAUUAUUCUGCGCUGUCGUACGAAGCAGAUAAUGUUGGUGGCUGACGUCGAAAAGAUGUUCCGUCAGAUCAUUAUGGACGAAAAUGAUAUGUCGUUUCAGAGUAUUCUGUGGCGAACCAAUACUGAGGAAGAGAUUGGAACGUACGAACUGUCCACUGUUACAUAUGGAACGAAACCGGCUCCAUUCUUGGCAACACGUACGCUCAAACAGCUAGCAGUAGAUGAGCAAACGAAUUUUCCACAGGCAGCCAAAGUUAUAAAUACAGAUGUCUACAUGGAUGAUGUACUGACGGGUACAAAUGACGUCAAUGAGGCGGUGAUUUUGAGAGGUCAACUUGAUGCAUUAUUAAAAAGCGGAGGGUUCAGGUUGCGGAAAUGGGUUUCCAACUGCGAUGAGGUGAUGCAAGGUGUACCGGAGGAGGAUCUAGGUUUGGAAAGACAGGAGCAAAUUGAACUCGAUCCAGAUCCAGCAGUUCGGACAUUAGGAUUGAUGUGGUCUCCUAAAAACGAUGUACUGAAGCUGCAGUUUCCGAUACCAGGGGUAUAUUCAGACGAUAUGAUGACAAAGCGGAAGAUUUUCUCGAUUAUUUCGGGAUUAUUCGAUCCGCUAGGUCUUGUCGGUGCAGUAAUCACAGUAGGGAAGAUGUUCAUGCAGCGUCUGUGGAAAUUGAAAGAUGAAAAGGCUAAGCUGUUGGAGGAUGACGGCACAACCAUUUCCCACUAUGAUUCCUUCUAUGGAAUCCAGAUCGCCGCUACGGAUUUGAAUUUAAUCAAGCUCAUCGGCCACGUUUGA